AAACUCAGCGGGAGCUACCUGGAGCAAUAGCUUUUUCCCAGGGAACAAGAGAGAGAUUAGAUAAUACGUAAACAAAACUAGGGUUUCGGAUUCCAUUUCCCCCCAAAUCUCACUCCUGCAUACACACUUUGCGGAGUAGAGAGAAUUAGGGUUCUAAGUUCUAACAUUGUGACAGUCCACGAUCGCGCUCAAACCAUCCGCAAUUUUCCUUAUUAUAUCACACAUCUCCCCAAUUCUCUUAACUUUUAUUUAAUUCCCGUAAAUUUAAAGCCACCACGGAUUUUCUACUUCCAAUCCAAACUACUCAAAAAGAAGCACUUCUUUAUCAUCUCACCGUGACGUGAUUAUUUUCUCUCUCUGGAUCACAAUCUCAUCCAUUUUCCACUUUCAAUUCCAAAAGGAAAAUAACUAACAGAUAGGUGGUGAGUGCUGGAUCAGAUUGAUCAUUCAGAGAUUGGGAAUUCAAGCUAUGGACUUGGACAGCGGCAGCAAGCGCGUGUUCCAGCGGCUGGGUGGGCCCGUGGACCCCAAGAACCAAAAGGUCUGCUACCAUUGGCGGGCGGGCUAUUGCAACCGCCGCCCAUGUCCGUUCCUGCACAGGGAAUUGCCACCUCCCUCUUCCAACGUCACCCCCUUCAAGCGGACCCACGGCUUCGUCGAUGACUCAUCGGGCUUCUCGGAUCCCCGCUCCAGGACCAAUUACACCGGGUCGACGUGGGGCCGUUCCCACGGCGGUGCGAAUAGUAGAACAGUUAGGAAGCCGGAGAGAGUUUUCAAGGUUUGUAAAUAUUGGGUUCAGGGGAAUUGUGGGUACGGUGAGCAGUGUAGGUACUUGCAUUCUUGGAGCUUGGGAGAAGGUUUUUCGAUGCUAACACAGCUCGAGGGGCAUCAAAAGGUUGUGAGUGGGAUUGCAUUGCCAUCCGGAUCCAAUAAGCUUUAUAGUGGCAGUAAAGAUGAGACUGUAAGGGUUUGGGAUUGCCAGUCUGGGCAGUGUAUGAGGGUGAUUAAUCUGGGUGCUGAAGUGGGUUGUAUGAUCAGUGAAGGUCCUUGGGUCUUCGUUGGGAUGCCCAAUUUUGUCAAGGCAUGGAACACCGAAACUAACACUGAGCUGAGUCUUAGUGGGCCUAUAGGAGAAGUUUAUGCAAUGGUUGUGGGCAACGGUUUGCUUUUUGCUGGUACGCAGGAUGGGUCUAUAUUGGCAUGGACGUUUAAUGCAGCUACCAACUGUUUUGAACCAGCUGCAUCACUUAAAGGUCAUACCCGUGGAGUUGUUUCAUUAGUAGUUGGAGCUAAUAGGCUCUAUUCUGGUUCAAUGGACUGUACUAUAAGAGUCUGGAACCUUGAAACUUUGCAGUGUAUGCAGACACUUAAAGAACAUACUGAAGUUGUGAUGUCUGUUCUUUGCUGGGACCAGUUUCUAUUAUCAUGUUCAUUAGACAAAACAAUAAAGGUGUGGGUUGCUACAGAAAGGGGAAAUUUGGAAGUAACAUACACUCACAAUGAAGAGCAGGGCCUGCUUACCCUCUGUGGGAUGCAUGAUUCAGAAGCCAAGCCCAUCUUGCUAUGCUCUUCCAACGAUAACUCUGUCCACCUCUAUGAUUUGCCGUCAUUUUCGGAGAGGGGUAAAAUUUUUGCUAAACAAGAGGUUCGUGCAAUUCAGAUGGGUCCUGUUGGCGUGUUUUUUACUGGUGAUGGAACGGGUCAAGUGAAAGUGUGGCAAUGGUUACCAGAACCAGCGGCUAUCGCGCAAUGAGCAGCACUAUUAUUUUUUCUACCGAUUGUAUUGAUUAGUUUAGUUCACCACCUUUUUUCUGUUUAUUUUGUAACUGGUGAGUUUGAGUUGGGAAGGAAAAGUUGAAAAUGCCAGUUUGGGUUUAUUGUUGUAUUUGGUGUGUUCUCUUUAGUAGCACCGAAGCUGUUGUCUCCUUUCCCUGUGCCAUAAUUAUAAAGACAGGCUUCUUGGCCCAAUUCAGGCUAUUCUCUGUUUA